UGUCAUUAAAGUUUAUGAGCUGCACAAAAUGAAUCGACUUUUUGGACGUGGAAAGCCCAAGGAGCCCGGCCCAAGUCUAACCGACUGUAUUAGUGGGGUGGACGCUCGAGCAGCUAACAUUGAAGAAAAGAUUGCGAAAUUGGAGACAGAGCUGCGUAAAUAUCGUGAACAACUGAGCAAAAUGCGAGAAUCCCCAGCCAAGAACUCCGUUAAACAAAGAGCGCUGCGUGUGCUCAAACAAAAGAAGGCCUAUGAGCAACAAGCUGAAUCUCUGCGCAAUCAAUCCUUCAAUAUGGAACAAGCCAACUAUGCCGCCCAAUCCCUCAAGGAUACUCAAGCCACAGUGGCCGCCAUGAAGGAUGGUGUGAAGCAAAUGAAGACGGAGUAUAAGAAAAUUAAUAUUGAUCAAAUCGAGGACAUGCACGACGAUAUGGCGGAUAUGCUGGAGCAGGCUGACGAGGUACAAGAGGCCAUGGGACGCACCUAUGGAAUGCCCGACGUGGAUGACGAUGAUCUGCAGGCAGAGCUCGAUGCAUUGGGCGAUGAAAUGGCAUUGGAUGAUGACUCCAGUUACUUGGAUGAUGUUGUCAAGGCUCCCGAAGCGCCAGACAGAGAGCCAGGCGCCGAUAGCAUUAAACCGGGCAAGAGCACCAUUGAAACGGAUGAAUUUGGUCUGCCUAAGAUUCCAACGUCCCUGAAGACAACAUAAAAACUGUUUUCUUAUACAAAUAUGUUCAUAUUAAAAUUUAGAGGAAAGAAGAUAAAACACC